UGAUCAACAUGGCGAAGGCUUUGUUGCUAGCGCUCGCAAUGGGGAUGAUGGCUGAGAAUGUGGGAGGCUUCGCCUUGAGCGCUUCAUGGGUAAAACCGCGGGCCGCGCACCGAGUGAAAUGCCCGUCAUCCACAGCAGUCUCCCUGCGCAAUCCAAGGCCCAUGAGAGCUUGCAGCGGACUGAAGAUGACGGGCGUUGACCCGAACGACGCAAGAAUCAAGAAGUUCUCUCAGAUCCUGACCUCCAUCGGGAUGUAUCCUGAGGACUCAGUCGCCAUGUUCGAUUACGACAGCAGCGAAGCCUCCAUCCUUUUGGGCUAUGCUGUUGUGACGGGCGAAUGUAAGCCAAUCGUGAUGACGAGAUGGGACAUGGAUGGAUUGGAAACAACCGUGGAAGGGUACCAGGAGGCGUACAGCGACAACAGAUGUGUAGGUAUCAUCAUACCGGACGAAGACCGCCUCAAGGAGCUCAUGGAUGCCGGUCAAGGCCUGGAGUCCCGCUGCGGGUUCGAUCCUAGCAGUCCUGUCGGCCCUCGCUUCGCACUGGUGCUGAACUCAGACAAGACGGGAAAGGAGCUCCAGGAUUACCUGGGUUGCUCAGGGCGGGAGACAGAUCCUGUGACAGGUUUCUCCUUCCAGGUUGGACUCCCUGUCGACUGCAUUACCUACAAGGAGCUGUGCGAGAGGGCAGAUGGCAUGUAGACUCCUUGGGCUGAGGAUCCGUGAGUACACCUCGAGUCGAAUUGUC